GAGUAUAGAGAUUAGGGCCUCAGUGUGACUGCACUCCAUUGCCUGCUCAGAAACUCUGAGCUGGGCUGCAUGAAGAUAGCAGGACUGCGUACCUUAUCCUACUAUGAGCACUGAACAACAAGGUGGGGUUUAAAAUCAAACGGGCAGAGAAAGAGAAAUGUACACAAAUGCACACACUCCAGCUACUGGAGAGCAGUAAUUGUGAUGAGGUGGGAGAUCAUUGAAAAUGAGUGCUCCCGGGAAUGGAACUGCAGAGCCUGCAACCUCCAACCCUGCAAACUCUGAUGCUCGUAAGCGGAGGCUACCUCCGUAUGACACUAUGGGACACAGUGCAGAUAAGCGUCGACGGGAACAGGAGAGCAAGUAUAUUGAAGAUCUGGCAGAGUUACUGUCUGCCAAUCUGAGUCACAUUGACAAUCUGAGUGUGAAACCUGACAAAUGCCGAAUCCUCCGCAAAACUGUCCAGCAGAUUCAGCUCAUUAAAAGGAUGGAACAAGAGAAGGCAGCACAAGCAGAAAAUGAGGUUCAGCAGUCUGACAUCUCAUCCAGCAGUCAAUCACUUAUUGAAAAAGACUCCCUGGGACCUCUACUCCUUGAGGCUCUGGAUGGGUUUUUCUUUGUGGUGAAUGGUGAGGGCCGCAUCAUGUUCGUCUCAGAAAAUGUCACCAGUUACCUGGGCUACAAACAAGAGGAGCUGAUGAAUACCAGUGUCUACAGCAUCCUGCAUCUGGGGGAUCACACCGAGUUUGUUCGCAACCUACUGCCCAAGUCCAUGGUGAAUAGUGUCCCUUGGUUGAAGGAGAGCUCCAGGCGGAACAGCCACACUUUCAACUGCCGGAUGUUGGUGCGAGGACUUGAGGAGGCAAAUGCAGACAGUCAGGAGAAGAGGCAGCAAUAUGAAAUGAUGCAGUGUUUUUCUGUCUCUCAGCCUAAGUCCAUUAAGGAGGAAGGCAACGAUCUGCAGUCCUGUUUGAUUUGCAUAGCCCGCAAAUUGCCGAAACCCCAGCUUGCUCCUGUGCCUGAGACAUUCAUCACUAAACAGGACACAACAGGAAAGAUUAUUUCUAUUGAUGCAAGCACUCUACGGGCCUCAGCAAGAGUGGGCUGGGAGGAUCUGGUCAGGAAAUGUAUCUAUGCUUUUUUCCAGCCACAGCAACGGGGAUCCUCGUAUGCUAAACAGCUGCUCCAGGAAGUCCUGAGAAAUGGAACAGCAGUGAGUGGGUUUUACCAAUUCUCUCUGAGUGAUGGUACAGUCCUGGGAGCUCAGACCAAGUGUAAGCUGUGUUACCCUGCCAACGUGGACACAUCACCCAUCAUCAUAAGCAUGUACAGCAUAUACAGGAAUCAGAACCUGGUCACUUCUCAGCAAAACCUCGUCGCUGGGUCUUCAUUAACACAGGCAGAGAACAGCACUGUCAAGCCAACGCUGGCAUCUCCCUCCCACAGCACAAACAGCAGCAUUUCUGAACUUGAUUUCAGCUUGUCACCUGGCUCCCGUCUAGGCAUCAAUGGUGCCAGCAAUCCCUCGAACCUGGGCUUCUUGUCCGGAGUGCAAGUGGGAGCUUCUGGUCCUGUGAAUCAGGACUCAUCAAUCUCUCAGAGCCCCAAACACAGCAGUUCAGGGAUUACCCCACCAGUCCCAGGCUUUAUAACGCCCAGAGCACUGGGCAAUUCUAGGCACUCUUUUCCCCCGAGUGCAGCACAUGUCCCAUCAACAGGUAGGCACCCCUACCCUAACUCCAGUUGCAAUGCCUACCCUUGCCCUUUCCCCAGUUCCAACUCUAAACCAAAUCCCAACUCCAAUCUUCCCCUUCAGUCUCUCCAGGUACUGAGUGAGGGCAACAGGGUGCCUGUAAGUUUCCCUGGCACUUCAAGUGCACAGAGUGCACCAGUGUAUCAAUCUUUGCCUGCUGUGACAAAAGUGGCAGCACUGGACUCCAAGACUGUGCUCCCAGGGAAAGUUGGGGACAACCUGAGCUUUGAACACUUGGGGAACAGCUCAGCACCUGCAUGUGUGGGUGAGAGGCCAACUGACACUGACAGCAAAACUCUCCAGGACGACAAUGUAAAACUGGUGGAACUGUUGACCAGCAGCCAGGAACAAACCAGACCAUGUGAGCUAGACACAGGGAGCAAGGGUAACCUCUCUCUUCCCACAACAAGUGCUCCGUGCCACACGUUACACACUAGCUCCUUGACAGAACGCCACAAAAUCCUGCACCGCCUUCUGCAGCAGGAGGGAUCUCCCUCUGACAUCCCAGCAAUGCUGCUUCCUCAAGAUAGGAAGGAGGUUGCUCGGUGUGGUCAGGAGGGGGAAGGGCCCAGGAGAAAGGAUGUGAAGGAUCACCAGUUGCUGCGUUACCUGCUGGACAAGGAUGAGCCCACAACUCCCGGCCUCAGUCUGGACGAUGUGACACUGAAGUCGGAGCGCCCCAGUGGUUUCGGAGACUGUGCACUUGGCCUCAAGAAAGGCCCUCAGGACAAGCUGGAGCAGUUCACAGAGCUUGAUCACCUGUUACCCACUUUGGAGGAAGCAGCCCAGUUACAAAGCAACUGCCAGUCCAGUGCAGCUAAUAACGGCCUGACGUCGAGAGGUGGGAAGAGGGAGCAGCUUUUGGACCCACUUCACUCCAACAGCGUCACCAGGACACUUCAGCGCCUCAAGGGUUUACCAGAGCUGGACUCGGGACUCAGGGGCCAGCAGCUCUCCAUGCCGAGGACAGAAGGCCAGCAGUCCUGGAGCAACACAAGCAGGACAGGCAGCAAUGAGGAUGGCUCUGGCUUCAGCACCCAAAUGGACGAGCUGCUGUCUCCUCCAACAAGUACUGAAGGACGGAAUGAUGAGAAAGCACUCCUUGACCAACUUGUGUCAUUCCUCAGCGCCAAAGAUGAAGUGGAGCUCGUGGAAAUUGACAAGGCUCUUGGAAUUGACAAACUCGUUCAGAGUGGGGAACUUGACCGACUGCAGAAUCGAGCCAUGUCACAGCCCUGUGAUUUAAUGGAGCCAAAGUCUGCCAUAUGCCAGCAAGUUUCUGGCUCUCCUGGCUGCAACGUACCGAACCAAUCAUCUGGCCUGGCUCAGCAGCAGUAUACUUGUAGUCCAGUCUCCAUUGAACUAGCAGCCCGAGGAGCUUACCCCAGCAGCAUGGGGCAUCAUCCACGGCAGGGCUUGGUUCGAUUACCCACUGUGACCAACCAGCUCCGACUACAGCUACAGCAGAGGCUACAGGGACAACAGAUGCACCAGAAUCGACAGGCUGCGAUGAGUCAUUUGGGUGCAGCAGGCUUGAUGGGAAUUGGACUGCGUGCUGGCAUGCAGCAAAUCACUGCCCAGGGCCCUCUCAAUGCUCAGAUGGUUGCACAGCGACAACGUGAAUACAUUAGCCAGCAGCACAGACAGUGGCAGAUGAUGCAACAGCACGCCUUGCUGACAAGACAGCAUAUCCCAGCCAGCACUGGAUCCCAUCUUACGCGCCCUCCUCCUUCACAAAUCCACUUCUCACCCAGUUACAGCACAUCAGGAAACACGUCUUCAUCUGCCAGCCCCUUCCCAUCACUGGUGUCCAGUGCUGACCCACAGCCAAACCCAUUCAGCUCUCUCCAUGGAUCAGGGACUUUGAGCACAGGGAUAUUGGGCCAGACAGGGUCAGAGCCCAGAGCAGGUCUGAUGCCCCAGAUUCAGCAGAAUAUUUCACAGUAUCUCACCUCAGCUUUACCCCAACAGGGAGACCCACCUUUAGCUCCAAAUCCAAGUCGUGACAGCCCAACAUUGUCUACACUGGUGCAGCCAUCCCAGAGUUCCAUGAUGCAACAGACUGCAGCAACACCUGGAUUUGAGACACCAGAAGGAAAGGUGUGGCAGCAAGAACCCCCGGAAAGCAACAGCGUGUACACACAGGCCGGACAGCAGCAGCCAGGCAGUCUGGGAAUGUACAACAACGUGAGUAUCACUGUCUCUAUGGACAAUGGGCCUGCCUCUGUCAGUAACCUCAAUCAAGUGUCAGGACAGAUGCACAUGGGGACCAUGCAACUACCUUCAAUCCGUUCAAUGUGCCCAGAACAGGUGCAACAGGUCCAGGUGUUCGCUGAUGUUCAGUGUACGGUGAAUGUGGUUGGUGGAGACAGUUAUUUGAACCAGUCAGGUAUGGCAUCCCAGAAAGGCCAACCUGGUGGGCAGGCACCACAGAGCCAGCAGAAAAGCCUUCUCCAACAACUACUGACAGAGUGAGUGAUGGAUGGUGAUGAGGAGGAAAAAUCAAACUGCACAUCUCACUGAUUCAUACAGUAAACAGGUUCUGCAGUAGUGUCAGACACCUAUUGAAAACUGGUUCACAUUUCCUGUCUGCCUCUUGUUGGGGCAUAGACAGUCUCAGAUCUGUACAGAAGCCCUCACCAGUUGCUCAGUAACUCUCAGGCAGAGGAUGAGAUGAAGAAUCUAGCUGAGCAACAUCAGACCACCAGGAUGGCGGCGAGCGUUGGCUGUGACACAGGGAAGGAGUGAGGUUCUCAUAUCAGAGCAGACUGUGCGUGCAGGACAGGUCCACAACACUGCACUUAAACAAAUGCAGCUUCAGCAUAAAACCAACCAUCUGAUAUUGCAUCGGCUGCGGUUUACAUCCAACCUCUUAAGUAAUACAGACCUGGCUUCGUAUAGUUCAUUGGCGAGAAAGACAAAAAUGAGAAAGCAAUAAUUAGCGGGUGGGGUUUUAAGUAUUUGUAGGUGAACGUUCUUGAUCUUGCAAAUGCUUAGAAUAUUCCCAGCUGUGUAAAGCACAGCAUUGUAUUUAAGAAUCUAUGGUCCAGAGAUGAGUUCUCACUGUAAAUAUUUCUGGGAUGUUUCUCUAUUGUGGAAACACACAGUUUCAUUGAUGGUCCUCAGGCAGCUAACACACUGACCUUCCUUUCUAGUGCAGACAGUUUGGGAUCUUUGGGUAACUUGGGUGUUUGGGGUCGGGGAAAGGGGGGAGGAGGCGAGGACUGACUCUAUUAGCAAGUGGUGUUUCAAUUGACUGCACUGGUCUUUGAGGAAAUGUUGUUGCCCAUUAGUGAAGCAGUGCCCUGGACAGUCCUAUAUGACUUGUUAUUAAAGCUGUUAGUAGUGUCCUUGAAUGCCACUACUGGGUCAACCUUCCUUUUAAGACCCUUCCCAAUUGGUCAGAGGUUGAUAUCACCCUGACCCAUAAAUGUAUCAUUGUUUUUGGAACUGGUUCCCUAACAGCACUGUGGGUGUACCUGCAAAUCAUGGUGGUCAACAUGGUAACUCCUCAGCACCUUCACAAGGAGAAUUAGGAAUGGUCUCAUCUGUGACAUCUAAUUCCUGUGAAUUAAUAAAUCCAAUUGGAUAGCAUGAUACUUGCAGUAAGUCCCACCUGAUUGGUUCUUUCAGUUUUAUUUCCUCCGAGAUUCCUGGUUUGGGAUUUUUCCCGGUUCACUAAUCUAUAACUAAUUAAAAGGUCUUUUAAAUAAGGCACUUCGCUCAGUGUAUAGAGAGAGCAGAACCAGGAUUAUUAGUGGGUAAAAUUAAUUUUUUAUAUAUAUAUAUAUAUAUAUAUCAAUGGUGCAAGAAAUCUGCUUCUCUGCCCAGAUGUCUUCAGAUUAUGAGAGUUUAAUACAAAGUAUUUUGCUGUAUUUAAGAUGAAUCCUCUGAAAACACUAACCAGAGGCAUUUAACUAACAUUGGCUUCUCUUGUAUUACUGUUUAUCAAACAUUUAAUUACCAAGCUGUGAAUAAAAUCUCAGAAUAAGUCUU